AUGUUUCUUGGUCUAUUGUGCAUUACAUAUUCUGUUUUAGCUAAUUAACCAAUAGAGAUUGGGGAGACAGUUAACAAGUAAUCGAUUAGAAAUAGGUUAUUUUAGUGCUAUAAUGCCGUGGCACGGAAAUCCAAAAUAUCAAUUAUACUAGUUCGAAUUGAAGGAGGUGAAAUAGGAUACGGAUUUGGUGGUGGUGGUGAAAUAAUUGUCUGCCUUGGGGAAUCCGGACAUUUACAUAUCUACGAAGGUAACAGAGCCGAAUGAGAAUACGGCUGAGUAUGUAUGUGACUCGAUUGGGAUGGGUAUGAAAUUUAGUAAUGGAUAGAUAUAUGUGUGAUUGAUAAUGCAAAGAAGAGUCUGUAUUAUUUGGCAGUGCAUUGCGAAGGCUAUUGUAGAUAUUCUUUGAAGGUGGUUUAUCAAUCGGAACUAUUGAUGACGAAUUGUAAAUAUCCUAAUGUUCAUUAUUUUAGCUGACGACUUAGAAUUCAAGUACGAUAACAAGACUUGGACAGACGUAGUCAGAAUUGAAACAAAGAACCUGAGUUGGGAAGAAACUCAGAUAAAGCCAACUUUGGAGAUUUAAGUAAGAGUGAAGAAUGUGGAAAUAUUAUAAGAAUCCUUUAAAUCAUAUUUAAAUAUAGGUGAUUCCAAGCCCACGCCACUGAAAUCUGACUUUGUUGGACAAGACACAUUCUCAGGCAUGCAGAAAUUCAAGAUUCAUAAUUUAGAGUCAAACAGCAAGUUCACAUUGCUUGUGGAAGGUCAAGAAGGGGCAAUCAUUUAGAUUCAAACCAGAACCUACGGAACCAUUCGUUACUUGCAAGUGGGAGACAGAGUUGAAGACAUAGUGGCUGAAGAUGACUACUAGUUCUAUUGCAUCGAUCUUACUUAAGAAUCUUAGUCAAUUUCACUUGGCUAAACUGUCUUAAAUAUCCAACUACUCCCCUUCAAAGGUUAUACUGAAAUGUAUGUUAAUUUGGAUUUCCAACCCCCAUUCUUGGAUUAGUACUAUUGGCAAUUGAAGGACAGAAUAACUGAUGACCUAGUGAUUACGUAGACAGAUCUGAGAAAGGCCAAUGCAAAAGGAAAUUACGCAUAUGUGGCAGUCAGGGGAAAGGAAUCAAAUGCAACAUUUGAAUUGAAAUCUCAAGUCCUAGAUCCCAAUCUCAUGCUUCUGGAACUCAACAAGCCCACAACUGCUAAGUUAUUAAGGAGUGGUCAAAUCCAAUACAAGUUCUACGUUAGACACAGUAAGAAGUAAACAGUUAGUGUGAGUUUGAAGAAUCUGAAGGGUGAUGCUGAUAUCAUUGUAAAGCAAUGUGAGAAUCUGUGGAUGUGUACCAUACAAUAAGAUGAGAUUCUAGAUAAGGAGUAAAGAGUGGUCACCGAACCUGGAAAAUUGUUUUUGUAUUCCGAUAAGUAAUCUCUCACAUGAUAUAAUCAUAGUCCUGGCAAUGACAUCAUUGUGUUUGACAAUGAUCCACAGAUCUGUUAGAAAUAUGAGAACACGUAUUAAUGUUAUUAUGAUGUGAUUAUAUAUCCUGGACCUAAAAAUGAUCAAGAAGAACUGAUUUAUUCGAUCCUCAUAACCACAAAGGGAGAAUCGAUCAUCUUAAGAGAAAACACUCCACUGAAGUAGUAUGUAGGAUUGGGGUUGAACAAUUACUAUAAAUUCAUAGUUGAAGAGGAAGAUCACAUUAGAAGGAUGAUGAUUCAAAUUACACCCAUCUAAGGACAGCCAAAAUUAUUUGCAUCCUAGACUAACAAGAAUCCCACUUAAUCAGAUAAGUAGGCUGUCCAAAAUGUCAUCACUUAUGGAUAAUUUGGCUAGUAGGGCGACCAAGAAUCCAUAAAAGGAACCUAUUACAUAGCUGUCCAAGGAUAUACAGCAUGUCAAUAUAUCAUCACAGUGUAUGUGUUUAGAAAUAGGGGAGAUUGGAGCCAAAUUGGCAAAUACCCUCAUCAGUACAUAUUGCUCUUAGAUGGGUAUCCCUAAGAAAUUACUUCUCAGAACAAUACUGAUGUCUGGUUGUUCAAGAUUGACUUGAGUGCUUAUUCUAAUCCUGACGAGCAGAUGCAUUACGGAGUUGAUGUUAAACUCAGAGUCAUUCAAGGAAGCUUCUUGAUGUAUGGAUUCGAUCAUCCUGAAGUGAACAAGACCUAAGCAUUCUUGACUGGCAAUGAAUUCUUAUCCCUUAACACCAGAAGCAAAAUCUACCCUCAAUAUUUGUAUAUCAGAGUGGAACCAAAUCCAGUCAUUUCCACAAAUCAAUUAUCAUUCCAAAUUUAUUAUAGAAUCAACAAUCAACCAAUUGAAUUGAUUUUAGGCGAUAACUACAGAGGUUACAUCUCUAAAGAUAAUACAUAGCAAUUCAUACUCAGUUACUUUACAAAAGAUGAAUUGGUGAUAACAAAGAAUGCUGAACACAUGGAUCAAUCUGUCUUAAAGGCAUAAGUUUACUAUGGUAAUGUUGUUCAAGAGAUGAAAACCUCCAGUUUAUUAUUGAAAAGUGAAGACUUAAACUUUGAGAAAUGCAAAACUAAUGCCACCGAAAUCAUUAAGUGUUAAAUUACAAUUUUCAUCUCUGCAACAGCCGAUACAUAUUUCUCAUUGUUGAUUACCAAAGAAGCCUCUGUCGUUUUCUUGUAUGACAGUGAACCAGUCACCAAACAACUCUAAAAUAGAAACGAUCACUUUCUGUUCUAUUUGACUGAUCAAGAGACUGAAAUAUCAGUAUUUUCCAUAUCAGGAGAAGUCAAAAUAUUGAUUCAAUACUUUGAUCAUCAACCGUAAUUGGAACAAUAUCCAACCAAUAAUUAGGACUCUGCUACUCAAUCCUUAGAUGAUUCAAAUGAUAUUGGCAGUUCAAUCUUCAUAUCCAAUGAGGAUCUUGAGUUUCAUGAAUGCAAAGAGAAAGGAUGCUACAUAGCUGUGACCUGCAUCAAGGAUCCUAAAUAUGAUGCUAAAGGAUAAUACGUCAUCACUAGAUCAUCAAGUUACACCAUCCUCUAUCCAUCCAUCAUAUAUUACGGGGAGGCUGAAAAUUAGAAAAUGAAGUAUUUCAAAAUCUUCAAUGUGUCAUUGUCACAUGGACUCAUGGUCGUAGUGUCUCCCCUAAGUUCAGGCAGUUUGAUAGUUCUAGCCAGCAGGAACGAGAUGCCUACAUUGGACACUUAUUAAUACUCCUCCAAUUCUAUGUUAGGAGAUUAACUCAUCAUACCAGCUAAAGAGGAUGAUUAUAAGUCAGUCAAUUACUAGUAAACUUAUUAAUUAUUAUAUAUAGUGUGGGUGUCUAUGCAUUUGAUAAUGUAAAGUUUUCAAUCCAAAUCAACAUUGGAAACCUCCACUUUUAUCAGAUCAAAAAAGGAAUACCGAUGAACUUUGUCGCUGAAUACAAUUCAUAGACCUAUCUUAAUUACUACCAUGCUUAAGACUCUGAAUUCACGAUCUUGUUCAGCUCUAAUCUUGUGACUCAAUACAAUAGAGCAAAUGUUCAUGUGUACACCUAUAAAGACAUGUCAAUGUAGGCAGAUGCCAUUCAAAAAGUUCAAUACGAGUAAUUUAUUUAAAAAUACUUCUAGUCCUAUGUGGAAAAUGACUGAUUACUACUUGACAAUUAAAAAGGAUAUCAAGUACUGCUCAUCUUGUUAUUAUUUGAUCUGUGUUUAGAACUUCAAUGUAAACAACGAUAUUUCCAUAACUAUAUCAUUGGAUAACGAAUCCACUUAACUAUUGGACAACGUGGAAAUUACCAAUCAAAUAUAACCCAACCAACCCCAUUAUUAUCAUUACAUAGUCGAUGAUGACUUUUAUUUGAAUGCCACUAUCUUUGAAGGCAAAGUUUAAAUUUUAGGAGGGUUCUAUAAACAUUUAUCAGAAAUCGAGAACCAAUUGCUUACUCUAGAUGUAAAUGAGGGUCUGACUGAUAAAAAUGGCCAAGUCAUUGGAUACUAAUACAGCGAAGGGAAAUUCCCUAACAAAACCAUAGAAAUCAGAAAGGAUAACUCUGAGAAACCAAAAUAUCUUUACAGAUUCAAAAUCGUUUCCAGCUCUGUGUCUAUUUAUAAGAUUGAGUGCAUCCAAAGAAGAUAAGCAAUCGAACUCAAAGUUGGAGAACCCCAAAGCCAUGAACUCAAUUCUACACAUACUGUUCCAUUCUAUUUUGUAAUUCCUGAUAGAUCCUUUGACAACUCAAAUGAAGGCUUCUACACAUUAGAUAUUGAAACCUAUGGGCACUCACAAGCACGAAUCCUUGAGAAGACUUAACAUCCUAAUAUCAAAUUAACUUAGGAUCUCUAUAGCAAUCCAGAUUUCCUUAGUGAAAAUCACAACUUCUAGGAUGUCCAAUUCAUUAGACACAACCAAACAGAUCAAAUAAUCCAUUUCGAAUUUCCAAACACUCCUGGACUUUAUUUCCUGCAAAUCACUCCUAGAGAAGCUUCGAAUCUCCCCUAUACUGUUACCUUAGGAAAUGAUUUCUUAAAUGUUUUGGCUCCAAAACUCUCAAGAUUUGCCUCCAAUAGGAUUGGGUAAUAAAGAUUCUGGGAAUUGAACUUGUACAAACCUUCCAAAGUUCUCAUCCAGGCCCAAUUGUGUGGGGGAAUCAUAAGUGUUUAUGGAAGUGAGGAUCUUGAAAACUUGUAAAGAGGAUUGUAUUCAUAAAAAAUGGACUAUAAACACAACAAAUAAAUAAUUGGAACCAUACCAGUCUCAAAAGUUGGUCCGUAUUACUUGAGCACCAAGGCUGUUAAGAGUAUGAUUCCUUCGAAAGAUUAAGUGGAUUACAUCAUAAAAGUCAACGUUCUUCAACCAAGCAGUGUAGUACCGCAUGAGCACUUUGAACCUGGAGAUGGAGGUGAAUUCACAGCACAUUACGAUGGAUCGAACAUCACUAUCUUCUUUAGUCCCAUUCAAGUUUCUGAGCAAUCUAGUUCUGAGUACAAGACCUAGAGUUUCUCAUACAAUUUUAUUUACAAGUUGUAUAAUGAGUCGAGUGAAGAAAUUCCAUUUUAUCACUGCGAUUCUUCAAUAAGCUUCCCUUCAGUAUCGUUUAACAAAGAACCUCAUUAACGUCUUAAGGAAGUGAGUCACCAAUUUUAUGUUGGCAAAGACUUUGAGAAGAUAUCUCUAAGCAUUUUGGCUAAAGGUACUUAUCUCACUUAUUACAUUCAUUAGUCAGGAUUAAUACAAACAAUUUUGAGGAAUUAAAGCUGUAUUAUUAUUAUGAUACCCUUACCAUGAAAGUGGAUAAUAUAAUGUUGAGGGCCUAUCCAAAAGGAUAUAGAAGAGGAAUCAUUUUCGGAAUUAUCACAGUUCUAUUAAUAGCAAUUAUCUGGUUAUUUAUAAGAAACAGAAAAUUAAAAUAAUUGUAUUAUAAAUUUUUAUAAAUUAGAAUACAAUUUGAAUCUUCCUAAUAAGGAACUCAACAUUUAGUAAGGCAGGAGCAAUCAAUUGAGAUGAAUUAUGCUAAUUUACGUUGAUAAGUGUGAUAUAUUAUAUAUGAU